GCCGGGCCUGAAAAGCAGCGAGCCCCGCCUGCCUCUCUUGCCCAGUCAAGAGCCAGGCGUGUCCAGCUGGGGCCAGCACUACGCGUUCGCUCCGGGGCCACUCGCAGCUGCUGCUGCCCCUGCCAGCUCCGGCACAAACAGGCUCCUUCCCGCGCGCCCGGACUUUGCCUACGCGCGUCUCCCUCCGGCCUCAGCUGGCUGCGUCUCCUCCUCCUCCUCCGGAACCGUUUUGGGAUACCGUCGCGCUCUCUGGCGUGCGUCUUCGGCCGCCGCGCAAGGAUAUUUUGGGGCGGUAGCAGCCUCCUUUGGUCGUCGUAUUACGGUCGCCUCUUGGACUUCAUCCCGGGGGGCUCCAGAUGAGUGACUUUGGAAUCAAGAACAUGGAUCAAGUAGCACCUGUAUGUAACAUGUACCGAGGACUGCUCAAGCGUCAACCUGCAUUUGAUAGCUUUGAAGGUGCAAACUCUUUGUUUACUGGAUACUUUCCCUCAUUAAAUGAAGAUCAGACACUCCAGGAAGUGCCAACAGGACUUGAUUCUAUUUCUUAUGAAUCAAACAGCUGUGAAUUGCCGCUCUUAACCCCAUGCAGUAAGGCUGUGAUGAGUCAAGCCUUAAAAGCAACUUUCAGUGGCUUCAUAAAGGAACAACGAAGACUGGGCAUUCCAAAUAAUCCAUGGUUAUGGACUCAGCAGCAGGUGUGCCAGUGGCUUCUCUGGGCUACCAAUGAAUUUAGUUUGGAAAAUAUGAACUUUGAGCGGUUUGCCAUGAAUGGCCAGGAGUUGUGCAACUUGGGAAAGGAACACUUCUUGGAACUUGCACCGGAUUAUGUGGGCGACAUUCUGUGGGAACACCUGGACCAGAUGAUAAAAGAUAAUCAAGAGAAACCUCAGGAUCAGUAUUUGGAAAACUCUCAUCUCACUUCAUCUCCUCACUGGGUCAACAACAAUUCAUUAGGUAGUAACAUGGAACAGGCACAGUAUUGUGCUCAAGUGCCCAACUAUUCUAAAACUCUUAACUAUCAAAAAACUGCCAUGAGUGAUUUAUCUGUUGGACCAAAUCUAGUUAACCCAGAACAAGAAUUUCAGAUGUUUCCUAAAGCACAGCUAGAAGCACUCAGUGUGAACUACUGUUCUGUGAAUCAAAACUUCACAAGAAACAAUUUGAAUUUAAUUUUAGAUAACUCUGAUAAAUCUAGAGACCGUGAAUCAAGUGACAAUGGCACAGAAAGUUAUGAAGGACUAGAUUCACUGCUACAGUCUUGGAAUAGCCAGUCCUCUUUAGUGGAUGUUCAACGUGUGCCAUCUUACGAGAGUUUUGAAGAAGAUUGCAGCCAGUCCUUAUGUUUGAACAAACCCACAAUGUCCUUUAAGGACUACAUUCAAGAAAGGAGUGAUCCUGUUGAGCAGGGGAAACCAGUUAUACCAGCAGCAAUUCUAGCCGGGUUUACAGGUAGUGGACCUAUACAACUUUGGCAGUUUCUUCUAGAGCUUCUAACUGACAAAUCUUGUCAGUCAUUCAUUAGCUGGACGGGAGAUGGAUGGGAGUUUAAACUAGCUGAUCCAGAUGAGGUUGCACGACGAUGGGGCCGGAGGAAAAACAAGCCCAAAAUGAACUAUGAGAAGCUGAGCCGUGGCCUGCGCUAUUAUUAUGACAAGAACAUCAUUCACAAGACAUCAGGGAAACGUUAUGUAUACCGUUUUGUAUGUGACCUACAGAAUCUGUUGGGAUAUACAGCAGAGGAGCUUCAUGCCAUGCUAGGAGUACAGCCAGACACAGAAGACUGAGUAUUGCAAUCUGGUGUAACUUUGACAAACCAUGUGAGAACGCACGAACUGUGAAUUGGGACCCUCUGCUGCAGUCAUUGGUUUUAUCUUCUGACUGUUUGGAGUGGUGCAACUGUUACAGACCUUGAAGAGCUUCUGAAAUCAGAGGAAGUGGAAGGAAAGAGAAGUGGCCUUACUACAUUAGGCGCAAUAGCUUCAGAUCUUGCUGUAUCAGUCAUUUUGAGCAGCUUGGAGGUCAGCAAAGUUGCCAGCCGUACUCUGAAGAGAUGAAAGAACUCCAGGGUGUAAUGGGCUGGGUUUUUUCAUGCUGCCAUGUAAUUAAGGGUGUUGCCCAUACCAAAGGCUGAUAAGCCAUCUGAAUUUCUAGCUAAAAAAAUAAAACCACCCUACAGUAGCAGCCUUACAGAUGCUACUUGUGGUGAUAUGUAUGCUUAAGACAAAAGACUAGGUAUCCUUUUUGAACACAGGUAGUGAGAUGACAUUGCAUUGGGCAUUCUUUCAAAGUAUAUUUUUAUUAUUGUACAAAAAACAUGUUGUGUAGCCUCAACUUUUUUGUCAAAGACAGUGGAGCAAUGGAAGAGAUCUCUCAUUAGCAGGGAAAAUCAUAUCAUUUCAAAAUCUGUAUACGUGUGUGUUUGUGUGUGUGUAUGUGUAUAUAUAAAAGCACGUUCAUAUGAUUAUCUGGGAACUUAAUGCUCCUAUUUAAUAGAUAUUGUAAUUUAAGCUAAUGGUAAGCAUCUGAAAGAAGAAGGUAAAUAUUUUGUUUUUGGAACAGCUGCACUUACAGCAUCCGGCAAGUACUUAAUCUGCUGGUUAAUUGUGGCUGCCAAACUCCAUGAAUUUUUUCUCAACAGACUAGGACCCUCUCUGCUUUAUCCUCUGACUGAAAUUGAAAAUGUUGUUUAGAAUAUUUAUUGAUGACAUACCUCUUUUUCACUUCUGUGCAUGUCCUUUUUAAAAACUACUUAUAUACAGCCCUUAUUUUUCUUUCAGUUAAUAGCUUCUCACACCUACCCUCAUCCACAGCAAAUUAUCUUGAUUAAAGUAUGAAUUCUAUUUUUGGAAAUCUGACUCCUUUUCAGCAAACAGGAGCAAGAUAUGUAGCAGCUAUUUUUACUGCCAAAAAAGUUCACUGGAAAAAUUUAAUUUGUAAGAAACUUAUUUUUUAUCUGAGAUUGAUUAAAAUGUAAAUGUACAGUGUGUGAUUAAAAAAAAUAAUUUUAUUAAAAUUUACUGAAAAAAUAGCAGCAGUUAUA